AGUAUUAAAAUAACUAAUGAUACAGCUGAAGUUGCUAUAUUUGAAGGAUCUCUAUUGGCAGAAGCAAGACAGAAUUUUAACGAGUACAUUAGUCAAACUGUUAGAGUCAACAAAAUUGAAAACUAUAUAGAGUUCGAUUGGGUCAUUGGCCCGAUACCUACUAGUGGUCCAAAUGGCAUAGAAGUAGUAACGAAAUAUUCAACAAUGUUAGCAACGGAUUCUGUAUUUUACACUGAUUCAAAUGGAAAGGAAAUGCUGAAAAGAGUGAGAGAUUACAGGCCGACAUGGGAACUGGAUAAUUCAGAGCCAGCGUCUGGUAAUUAUUACCCAAUAACAUCGAAAAUCGCUAUUAGAGAUGAAGUGCAAGGUAUAGAAGUAGCAGUACUAAAUGACAGAGCUCAAGGAGGAAGCAGCUUAAACGAUGGAGAAAUCGAAAUAAUGAUACAUAAAAACUGUCUUCACGAUGACGGAUUUGGUGUUGGAGAAUCUUUAAACGAAACAGCUUUCGACAAAGGGUUAGUUAUCAGAGGUUCCCAUUUUCUUACUGUCGGCAACAUAAACGAUCAGAACGGUAACUCAAUAUCUGCAAUUGCAAAAGAUAUUGCUCAAAAGAAGCUAUUAGAUUCCUGGACUUUUGUUACACCUCUUGAAGAUAGUGCUGAUGAAUAUAAAUCUAAAUAUAUUAUGGAGUACUCUGGAUUACGUAAAGCAUUACCUAAAAAUGUUCAAAUACUCACUCUAGAACCCUGGAAGGACUCUACUUUCCUUCUUAGGUUAGAACAUUUAUUUGAUUAUGACGAGGAUUCCGUACUAUCUCAAUCGGCCUUAGUAAACUUAACAGACUUGUUUACAGGUUUUGAAAUUGUGUCUUUGGAGGAAACAACUUUAGGUGCAAAUCAGUGGCUAAAAGAUAGCGAUCGGUUGAAAUUUAAAACCAACAGCACAUUGGAACAGCUCUUUUAUGAAGAUUAUAAUACUAAUAUUGAGUAUGCAACCGUUGUGAAGAAAGCAUGGAUAGAGGGAUCAAAAACCAAACCACAGCCCACAUUAAAAGAUAAUUUGGACGAGCUCGAAAUUUCCUUGAAUCCUAGUGAUAUUCGUACUUUUAUUAUUGGUAUUAAAAGAUUUUGAAUUAGGUUGAAUUGAAACACUGGCAUAAAAUUAUUAUAAAUGCAUAAUAGAAAUACACUCUACUUGUUUUAUUUA